AACAGCAGCAGCUGGUGGAGACAUGGAGAUGCAGUCCUAUCAUGCCAAGCUCUUGGGGGAGUUGAAUGAACAGCGAAAGAGGGACUUUUUCUGUGACUGCAGCAUCAUCGUGGAAGGGCGGAUCUUCAAGGCCCACAGGAACAUUUUGUUUGCCAACAGCGGCUACUUCCGAGCCCUGCUCAUUCACUACAUCCAGGACAGCGGGCGGCACAGCACCGCCUCCCUGGACAUAGUCACCUCCGAUGCCUUCUCCACCAUCUUAGACUUCCUGUACUCUGGGAAGCUGGAUUUGUGCGGGGACAACGUGAUUGAAGUCAUGUCGGCGGCCAGCUACCUGCAGAUGAACGACGUGGUGAACUUCUGCAAGGCCUACAUCAGGUCGUCCCUUGAUAUCUGCCGGAAGAUGGAGAAGGAGGCUGCCGUGGCUGCAGCGGUGGCGGCGGCGGCUGCGGCGGCGGUGGCGGCUCAUCAGGUGGACGGCGGGAGCCCCAGUUCAGGCAGGGAAGGGACCGUCUGUGACACCAAGAGCGUGGUCCCCUCUCCGGCCGAGGGAGAGGAGAGGGUGGACUGUCCAAGAGACCCCCCUCGCAGUGACUGCAGAGGCUGCCACCCACUGGAACUGGCGGCGAAGGACGGCCAGGGCAGUGGCCCAGCUGACAGUGACCUCUCUAUUCUGCCCAAACAGAUAGAGCCCAAGGUGGAGUUUGAUGCCGACGAGGUGGAGGUGGAGUUGGGCGAACAGCUGCAGCCGUAUGCCACCCCACUCAGCCUGGCUCACAUGGACGAGGGUUUGCCCGGUGGCCAGGCCAUCGACUUGGCUUACGGUAACUACCACGUGAAGCAGUUCCUGGAGGCACUCCUGCGCAACGGUGCUGUCCAGGGCAAAGGUGACAUGGACCAUCACUUUUCUCGAAGUUUGGAGGGAAGACCAGAGGGUGCGGGAGGAGCCAUGAGUGCCGUGAUGGAUGUCCAGACUGACUGGUAUGGAGAGGACUCAGGUGAUGUGCUGGUGGUCCCCAUCAAGCUCCACAAGUGUCCUUUCUGCCCUUACACUGCCAAACAGAAGGGCAUCCUUAAGCGGCACAUCCGCUCACACACAGGCGAGCGGCCCUACCCCUGCGAGACGUGCGGCAAGCGGUUCACUCGACAGGAGCACCUGCGGAGUCAUGCCCUAAGCGUCCAUAGAUCCAACCGUCCAAUCAUCUGCAAGGGCUGCAGAAGAACCUUCACGAGUCACCUGUCCCAGGGACUGCGGCGCUUCGGGCUGUGUGACAGCUGCACCUGUGUUACAGACACACAUGAUGAUGAAGACGAUUUGAUGCCCAUCAAUCUUAGCCUGGUGGAGGCCUCGUCCGAAAGCCAAGAAAAGAGUGACACAGACAAUGACUGGCCAAUCUAUGUGGAGUCUGGUGAGGAAAAUGACCCCGCUGGAGAUGAUUCUGAUGGCAGACAGCAGAUUCGGCCCAACUUGUCAGAUCAAGAGACACUUACGUAGCGGAAAAUUCUGGGGGUGGGUAGGGGGAGAGGUUUUAGAAUUUGUUGUUGCUCAUUCUAUGUUCGAAAGCCACCAUCUGUCCAAUUUUAUGGAAACCCGAGAGGAACAUGUUUUCACUGUUACUAUCGUUACAUUUUUGUUACAUUACACGGUGAAGGUUGGAUUUUGUGACUCAAAGGACUGAUGACUUCUUAGUGGAAUGCCCUUGCUUUCUGAGGGCUUUGUUGAGUUAAUUCUGAGUGAAUUAAUGCUUGCCCCAAGGCUUCCCAUUUUUCCUGUUGUGCACCUAAACUCUGGUUAGGAGAAAGACAAGAAAGUCCCCAUGCUUGAGACAUUUAAUUGUCUCAUUCCUCUAGAUUCCUUUUUUUUGGUCAGGUUUUUUCUCUGGAAAUGUAGGCAAAAAUAUUUUGACAUCAGUCUUACCUUUGCCAAGCUUCUCCUGAUGGAUUCCAUAUUUUAAU